AUGAAGCUGUAUCACCUGGAGAAAGCAUUGUGCGGUGAAGCGGCAAAAGUGAUCGACGAAAGAUCAAUCAACGAAGGAAAUUACGAAUGUGCAUGGCAGCUUCUAACCGAUCGAUACGAAAACAAAAGACGUUUAGUUGAUAUUCACAUCCAUGGUCUGUUAAACCUAAAGAAACAGCAGCACGAAAACUACGAAGAACUACGCUCACUAGUGGAAGAGAUAGACAGCCAUAUCGAGAACUUGAAAUACCUUGGAGAAGAGUUUACCGGACUUUCCCGUGCAGUGAUUGUGUAUCUCAUCGCUCAAGCUCUUCAUCCUGAAACGAAGAAACUUUGGGAAGGUAGUGUCGCCAAGAAUGAACAACCCGGCUAUGAAAAGACCAUGUCCUUUUUGAAAGAUCGUGUGUCCGUGUUAGAAAGAUCCCGUGAUAAAGUGGAGUUGAAAAUAAGAUCACGUGUCUCCUGCUACGAAGUGAAUCUCGAGUGUUUGAUAACCCCUAAAGUGACCGGUACCAUUCCAACAUCCAACGUGAACAUCGACCUUUCGCUGUUACCCAUCGGAACCAUGCUAGCAGACCGAAUGUUCUUCAAGCCGCAAAAGGUAGAUAUGUUGAUCGGAGCCGAGUUGUUCUUUGAUAUCCUGAGGCCGAACCAACUUGAACUUGCAGCCAAUAUGCCGAUGCUACGAGAGACACAUUUCGGAUGGAUUGUGUCAGGAACCGUUGAAGAUCCACAGGAACACGUUUCCUCUCAGCGAUCCUGUCAUGCAUCGGUAGAAGAUGUCGAAGAAAUGAUGCAAAGGUUCUGGCAAGUUGAGGAAGUUCCAAGCGCCUCUAAGCUUUCCAAGGAGGAGCUAGAUUGUGAAGCACAUUUCAUAUCUACCUACCAACGAGACGAAACCGGCAGAUUUAUAGUCAGACUACCCUUCAACGAAAGCUUGGAUCAACUAGCCGACAGUCGAGCACUCUCCUUAAAACGGUUUCUGAUGCAGGAGAAGAGACUGAUCAGCAACACUGAGCUACAAGAGCAGUAUAAAACGUUCCUUGAAGAAUAUGAAGCUUUAGAACACUGCCGAGAAGGGCGUGAGGAAAAUGAUCCUCCAAACCGCCAAGUCUACUAUAUGCUGCACCACGCAGUUCUCCGUCCAUCGAGUUCCAGUACCAAAUGCCGCGUCGUGUUUGACGCCAGUGCUAAGCCGUCACCAUCCCAACUGUCGUUGAACGAUGUACUUCAUGUUGGUCCUGUUGUACAGAACGACCUGGUCUCUAUCGUACUGCGCUUCAGGAAAUUCAGGAUUGCCUUUUCUGCCGACAUUAGUAAGAUGUAUCGCCAAAUACGCCAUGCCGAAGAUGACCAACGAUUCCUGCGAAUUUUUUGGCGAAGUGACCCGGCGCAUCCCAUGCGAGUUCUUGAACUGUGCACUGUUACCUAUGGCACAGCUUCCGCGCCAUACCUGGCUACAAGAUGUUUGGUACAACUUGUAGAAGAAGAUGGUGGUGCCUUUCCUUCAGCGUCCCGAAUAGUGAAAGAAGAAACGUACAUGGACGAUGUACUUUCCGGGGCAUCAUCAGUGGAAGCUGCAAUCGAAGCGCAGCAAGAACUGAAACAACUCCUUCUGCGAGGUGGCUUUCCGAUCCACAAGUGGUGUUCCAACUCAACCGAGUUUCUCGAACAAAUUCCCGAAGCAGACCGUGAAAAGAAGAUCCAGAAUGCUGAAAGAGCCAUCAAUGAGACCAUCACGGUGCUAGGUGUGUCUUGGGAUCCGAAUGCAGACACACUAUCCGUAAUGCAUCCUACCAGCCCGCCAACGCCAACUGAUCCUGUGAAGCAUCAUGUCACCAAGAGAAUGCUGUAUGCUGCCAUAGCCAAGAUGUUUGACCCUCUUGGAUUAGUAUCACCCGCUCUGGUACUAGCCAAGCUUCUGACGCAACGAUUGUGGAAACUCAAAAUCAGCUGGGACGAGCCGGUCGACGAAGCAACACAUCGAGAGUGGCAAAUGCGUCACGUUUGA